AUGAAUCGGCAAAAUCAGAUGGCUAUUAGAGCUUCUCUAAAGAAUACGCUUUUCAGUAAAAGCAGAAGGAAUUUGAAGUAAAAUCCUCCACCCUAAAAUUCUUCUCCUCCUAUGAAAAAUUCUCAACCAAAAAGCACAAAUUAGCAAUUUAGACAUUUUAGUGAUAUUUAUGAAUAUGGUCCAUCAUCAGAUCGGUUAUAUGAAUAUUUAGCAUUAGGUGAAGGAGCACAUGGAAUUGUAAAGAAAUGUUACAAGCGAGAUUAAAAUAAUAUAGAUAUAUAGGAUAGAACCACCUAUGCCGUUAAGAUCUUUAGAACUGGAGAUACAGAAAUAAUUAAUACGAUCAGAGAGACAUUUCACAUAAAUAGAACACUUAAUGAUCUGAAUUGUGUAGUUAAAGCACUAGAUCUUUUUAUAAAUUCUAAAAAGGAAGAACACCACUUGGUUAUGGAAUAUUGUCCUUUUUUGAGCUUAGAACAGAGAAUGGGAAAAUUAAGUGUAGAUGAUAUUCAAAUAAUUGCUUUAAAUUUAGCUCAGUCCAUAAAAGAAUUGCAUUAAAGAGGAAUUUGUCAUCGAGAUUUAAAACCAGAUAAUAUUCUUAUUGGAGAUAAUUUAACAUUGAAAUUAAUAGAUUUUGGGGUCUCUAAAAGGUUUUUCGUAAAAGGGAAGGUCACCAAAAAAAUCGAUAUGUGGACAAGGACUGGUUCGUUAUUUUAUUAAGCUCCCGAAAUACAGUUUCUAGGUGGUGGUUAUAAUGAGAAAGUUGAUAUCUGGUCAAUAGGCAUUAUUUUGUAUUAAUUAUUGGUUGGAUAAUUGCCAUUUUAAUAGGAAACUGUCCUGGAUACAAUAGAGAUGAUAAGAGAUUCAGAAAUUAAUGUAAAAAACACAUCGGCUUUUAAAAAGCUAAAUCCUCUAGAAUAAGAUCUAUUAAAGAGACUAUUAAAGAAAGAUCCGGAGAAAAGACUGUCAGCAGAAGACUUUUCAUUGCAUCCUUGGCUUCAAAAGAGAUAAUAAAAAAAGUCAACAAAAAGCUUUGAUGAUUGCGAUAUCUAGGAUAUAAGGAAAAGUGAUGGAAUUUUACAAUAAUCAUAAAUAUCAAUUUAGAAGCAAUACCUACCUCGUAGCAAUAACCCUUUAAUUGUUCCUAUACAGGAAGAAAAAGUGUCUAGUCCAUUGAAAUUGAGUUGGAAUAUUUGGGAUACUCAUGUUCAUUAUGUCCCUCAAGAUUUAAUUCAGAUUAUCAACCUAUAUGACAGGCAUUCUAAGGAAAUGGGGAGUUCAGAAGAGUUGAUCAAUUAGCAAUAGAAAUAAGAUGAAAUAGGGGAAUUUUAAGUUGGGUUAAUGAGAACAACUUCAGAGCAUUUUGAUUAACUAUGA